AUGGCGGGAGCUGGAUCAUCCAUGCUCGGCUCUAUUCUUCUGUUUACAGUGGUCCUCUCGCUUCAAGAAGUGUACCGAGGGAAAUUAGCUUCUUCUGAGCUGUUCACGAUCCUCGGAGGAUUCACUAGCUCCCUCCUCUUUCUGUUUUCUCUGACUUUCAUCGGAAAUUUCCAGGAAUCUUCUGGCAUGAAGAGUAGCUGGGGUUCAGUGAUUCUUGCAGAAAUCAUAGCUCUUAUCGCUGCUAGCACGGUGCAUCGUGUUUGUAUUACAACCUGUUUCGUGUUCUCUGCUGGUCUGUUAUACGAGAUGAACAAGGUCUCAGGGUACAUGCUCUCCAAAGCUGAGACUAAAUCUAAAAGGCACUGA